AUGAUGAUCUCUUACAUUAUUGGCGCUAAUGCCCGUGGCACGGAACAUUUCAGGGGUCGGCUACCUACCAUAUUCGAGAUCCAGGAACUCAUCGAGAGGGCCUGGGACCUCGGCAUCAACUCCCAGGGUCGCAUCGAAACUGGUGGCAUCAAAGGGACUCGCAAGUACAUUGGUACUCCGGAGGGAUUCAGAGACCAUGAACCUGGAAGCUCUGAGGCGAAGCUGAUGAUGGCCGUCGAGCAGUAUUUCAAGGAGGGGACGCAUAGCCAAGGCUCUAAAGUGACUUGCACAUCGCUGCCACCUAUAUACUUCCAGCAUGCUGCUCAUUGA